UAGUUUUUGAAGGGUUGAAAUAGACCUAGUAGAUCAAAAGAUAGCUAUGUGUAUUUCGAAUAAGUGGAUGGGACAUAAAGAAGAGUUAUUUUCGGUUAAUUAUGGGGAUACUAUAGCUCACGUAGGAUGUAAUGCAAUGUUAAGGGUAGAAUCUAAAGUAAUUCGUCUUUUUUCGCCGGGUCUUACAAGAUAUUUAAGACAUAUAACGGUUUUUUCUAAUAAUGCAGAAUACCGCAGGAUUCAUAAGGGUGUAUAUUAUAUUUUAACACUUGUUGAAGAGACGGAAGUAGAAGCAUUUAGUUUAUUAAUGGAAGUUUUGCAUGAUCCUACUACAUUUUCAUGGAAAACAGAAUUUCAUUCAGUAUUAAGAAUGGCGACGAAAUAUGAAGUUUCAGAGCCAAUUGUUGGAUUUUCACUUGCUUAUUGUAUGAAAUUUUAUAAACAACCUCAAGCAGAUCCAUUGAUGUUACUUCACGCAUCUUUUUUUUGCAAAGAUGAUGAUGUUUUUACAGAUGCUUUACUUUUAGUACUUAAAAAACUAGAUCUUUAUAGAAACAGUAAAUCAUUUAAGAAACUUCCAUGUUACUUGGGUUUUCAAAUUAUGUCAAUGUCAGAAUCUUUAUUUCGUGAAUAUACAUGUCUUUCUGAUUUCUCAAAUAACGAUAAUUGGCCUGAUUGUGAAAUAGAACUUUGUACAGAAAAGUUUAAAUAUGCAUGUAAAAAUUUAUUUGAUUCAUUUGCUCUUCCUGCAGUUAUUUGUUGGGAUGGAGAAUUGCUUUCAGAAUGGUAUAAUAAAUCUGAUGAAGAAAUUAUUGAAUCAAUUGGAGUAUGGGAAAUGCCAUUUGCUGCAGAUCCUGAUCAUAUUAAACAAUGUAGAGACAAUUGGGCUAAAGCUAUUAAAUCAAAUGCUAAAUGGCUAAAUAGAAAAUUAAAAGGUCAACUUCAUGAUACUUCGAUCUCCUCUUUAUUGCAAAAAUGAGAUCCCAAAAAUACUUUUUCUAGAAAAAUAUAUAAAAACGUAA